AUGGCCUCGAGACAAACAGCAACCAUGAUAGAUGUCUAUUCCUUUGCAAUUAUUAUGUGGGAAGUAUUCUUUGAAGUGAUACCUUAUUCAUCAAGUUUCAAAUUGACAAGAAUGUACGAAACCAACAAUGAGGAAGAAAGGUUAUGGUCUAAUGUGAGUCUUUUCAACAUUCCAGGAUUGGUUGUUAAAGGACUUAGACCUAUAAUUCCUUUCAAAACAGAAGAUCAAAUAUUCAAAUGGAUUUCAGAGUACAUGCUGCCAGAUGAAAAAACAUCUCCCAACAUUGUAAUAGUAGUAAUGAAAUAUUUUGAAAUUGUAAAAAGAAAUUGGGAUCACAAUGCUACUCUACGCUCCCCAAUCUCAAAUAUUAGAUCGGAUUUGGAAGAUUUAUUGGCCUUGUUGGAAAUGAAUUGA